CUUUCUGAUAGUUAAAGCCGACCGUGUGCAUUGCCGUGGACAACCGCACAUAUUUCCACCACGCAGAUCCAGAAUCUAGCUUUCAAAGUCAAAAGAAAAUGUUUAAAGGACUGUUGUCAGUAUUCUUGGCUUUGGUGGCCGUGACGUCCAUCAUGGCGAAGUCAGAGAAGACCGCUGUCAAGCAGGAGAAAAGAGUUCCCCAGACUCUUUCCAGAGGAUGGGGUGACCAGCUGAUCUGGGCUCAGACAUAUGAGGAGGCACUGUUCUGGGCACGUUCAAGGAACAAGCCACUCAUGGUCAUUUUCCACCUGGAUGACUGCCCACACAGUCAAGCUCUAAAGAAAGCCUUUGCUAAGGAUAAAGAGAUCCAGAGGCUUGCUGAUGAGCACUUCAUUCUCCUUAAUCUGGUGUAUGAAACCACAGACAAGCAUCUGUCUCCAGAUGGACAGUAUGUUCCCAGAAUCCUCUUUGUCGAUCCCUCAAUGACAGUUCGCGCUGACAUCACUGGUCCCUAUUCCAACAGGAAGUAUGCUUAUGAGCCAAGUGAUAUGAACCUCUUGAGAAACAACAUGGAGCGUGCAAAGACAUUUCUGAAAACAGAGCUGUGACAUCAAACAAUGACCAUGUUUAAUCUCAGUUAUAUUAUCUAGAUUGGUCUCAUAGUUAAGUGUUUAUAUCUGUUCAUACAGUAUAUUAACUUGUGUAAAAAUGUGCAGUAAAAUAUUUUUAACUAAAAUGGGUCCAGAGGAUUUGUUAGUCUACCUUAAGCACUUCCAUUUCGUGUAAUGUACUGCAUCAGUGUUGCAUUCCUUACUGUAUAAAAAUACAUUUGUGUUUGCAUAUAGACUCUUAAAUAAUCAUGUAAUGAAAAUGCAGUGUCUCUCUGGAAACUUCACACUAGACCUCAAGCAGUUUGAACUGUGUGUCUUUCCACUCUUCCUCCAGACUCUGGUCCCGUGAUUUACAAAUCUAAUGUAAAAUUUACUGAUGAUCAGUGAUGGUUUGGAGAGACAUGUCAUCUGCUGGUGUUGAUCCACUGUGUUUUAUUAUCAAGUCUAAAGUCAGUGCAGUGUUUUCCCACAAAAUCUUACAGCACUUCAUGCUUCCCUCUGCUGACAACUUUUUUAGAGAUGCACAUUUUAUUUUCCAGCAGACUUGAAACACGGUCAACACUGCCAAAAGUACCAAUAGGUCUCUUAUAAUAUUCUAAUUUUCUGAGACACUGAUUUUUGGGUUUUCUUUGUCUGUAAGCCAUAAGCAUCAACAAUAAAAGAAAUAAAUGUCUAAAAUUGUAGGUAAAUCCCAUUUUUUCUGCUGUACACUGUAAACAUUUGA